UUCGUCAUCGUUUGCAACGGCGCCGUAGGCGUAGGCGAAGUGGUUUCGUCACCAGCAUGAAAUCUUUGUUCCUAAACAAGUUGCCCUGGUUGGUGGACAGCCUUGUCGGACACGCGCACUACUCGAGGACGUAUGCAAAUUUCUUGAAACAAAGGGUCAUAAAGCCGUGUUUCGACAGUUCCCGCGACCAUUCGUCUCACGCUACCUGUCGUCCUGAACCAGCCAUGUCCGACGGCACCGACUUCAACUUUCCGCGCUACACGCAGGCCAUCGUGCGGGAGAUCCCGAACUCCAUACGGCUGCAGUCCGAGGGUUUUAAGGACUACACCAAAGUGUACGUGAAGAGAGCGCGGGAGGAGCACGCCGAGUACGCCCAGACCCUGCGGGACCUGGGGCUGGACGUGACCGUUCUGCCGGCGGACGAGGAGACGCCCGACUGUGUCUUCGUGGAAGACACCUGCGUGGUGGUCGGCAAUAAGGCGCUGAUGACGCGACCUCCGUGCAAGGCCAGGCGGAAAGAGGUGGACGCCGUGGAGAAGUGCUUGAAAUCCCUCGGGAUAAAAACUCACAGGAUGUUCGACAAGAAAGCCAUCCUGGAGGGUGGGGACGUGCUGUUCACAGGUAAAGAGUUUUUUGCUGGGAUAUCGAGCAAAUCGAACGUUGCAGGUCACAAGAUCCUGGCGGAGACUUUCCCAGAGUUCCCCGUACACUCCAUCCCCGUGGAGGAGCCGGAGUUCCAUCUGAAGGGGAUGUUAUGUAUGGCCGCGCCGGGAACUCUGGUCGUGCCAAGGAACAAGUGGGGCAAAACGGCCUGGGAGGCUGUUUGUGAGAAGAGUGAGUACACCUAUAAACCCCUGUGGGUGCCCAACCACUAUGGUGUCAACUGCCUGCACAUCAACGGCACUAUCGUCCACUGCACGGAACAACAGUAUCCCAAGAGUUACCAGGUGUUUGUAGAGACCAUGGGAGGCUACCAGCGAGUCCAGAGGUCUAUCGGAGAGCUGGGGAAAGUGGACGCUGGCCUGACGUGCUGCUCUCUUCUCUUUUAGAUCAAGUCGCAUCUUCUUUUGUUCCCGACAUGUCCUGAAGUUCCACAUGUAGUUUGGAAGUAUGCUGUAGAUAGAAGUAACAUUUCUUGCAAGAUUUAUAAGACGAAUUAGGGCAAUUACAGUGAAACCUACAUGAUAUUGGAUACAAGUGGCCACCUCUACAGAAGGACCACCUGGCCAAUGUUGUCACUUACUAAUUUUUCUCAUUAUCACAAGCAUUAAGAAUCUGUCUAAGUGUCCACCUGUCUGCACAGUCCAAGAGAUCUGUUUUUAUUUGUUCUUUCAUGAACUUGGGCAGUUUUAAUGGUAAUUCACUUUUACAAAACUCAUGGUAUCAAACUUAAGUCAAAAGAGACUCACUUUAUGGAAAAAAGUGAAAUGAAAGACAGUUACACCAAG